AUGGCAUUGGCAGACUACAAGCCGAGUAUACCGAUUCCUCCUCCAGGCCAGACUCGCGACUAUCCUCAACCAACCAGUCAUGGCAAGAUCCCAUUUUCGUAUCCGGGCAAAGGGCCAUCGACAGCGUUGAGCGGCUCGACGGCGUUCUGGAUUUGGGGAGACUUGUCGACGUCUAGCAAGCCACCCUUGAUAGCUCUCCAUGGAGGGCCAGGCAUGCCGCAUACGUAUAUGCUCCCCUUCGCCCUGAUCUAUGCCGAUUACGGCAUCCCAGUCAUCAUGUACGACCAGAUUGGCAGUGGCGAGAGCACACGCUUCAAAAACCGGGUGUUGGAUGCCGAUUUCUGGACACCAGAACUGUUCGUUGAAGAGCUGGAGAACCUCAUCAAGCAUUUCAAGCUCACAUCGUUCGAUCUUCUUGGCCACUCAUGGGGCGGUCAUCUUGCAACCACGUUCGCACUUGAGAAACAGCCAAAAGCGCUGCGCAAGCUGAUCAUCUGUAAUUCACCGUCAGACUUGAGAAGCUUGCGAUCCGCCACGAGAGAGCUGAGGGGAAAGAUGCCGCAGGCAAUCCAGGAUACAAUCGACCAGUGUGAACAAGCCGACAGUUUCGAAUCCGAGGAUGGCAUGACGGCCAUGAUGUACAUGUAUACCCUUUAUGGGUGCCGCGUGCAACCAUGGCCGAAGGAGUUGAUGGAUUGCAUGGCGGCGGUGGCCGAAGACAACACCUGCUAUAAAACCAUGGCAGGUACCUCAGCUAUGACAAUGGAUGGCACGAUGAUGCAUGUGCCUGGACCGGAGGAUCGACUUGACCAGAUCACAGAGGAAACGUGUCCUGGCGGUUUGAUGAUGGUGACAUCAACUCAUGACAUGGCACCUCCAGAGACGAUGACUGCGUACUUCACGAAGCCGAAGUGUCGAGUCAAGUGGGUGCACUUGCCCCUUUCCAGUCAUUUCACCAUGCUUGAAGAGACGGACGAUCUCAUGAAGCACGUAGGAACGUUUCUGAACCUUGUGUGA